AGGGGGAGGAAAAAAGAAAAAGGGAACAGAAACAUGGCGGUCAGCUCCUGGGACGGCCGCACCGCCCGCAACUCGUAGGGAGCGCGCUGCCCGCACUGCUGGGCUCCCCGAGACCGAGGCGCCAAUCUGGGCUCGCCCCGCCGGCCGUUAGCCCGGGUAGCAGGCGGCGCCCCUGGGGACCCUGCCCGCGAGGCGGCGCAGGCGCACAGGGGACCGCGGCGGCGGCGGCGGCCGGAGCUAGUCCUCCGCCCUACCCUGCCGAGCCUAGGGCGCCCAGGCCGCGGACCGGCGCUUUCAUGCCCCAGGAAGGAGCUGCGCUGCGGGAACGCUGAUUGAGGGGCCGGCGGCAGGAAACAUAGUUGCAGCCAUGAUAGAAGACAAAGGAGCAAGAGUGACAGACUACUUUGUUGUGGCAGGUCUCACUGAUACAUCUACUCUUCUGGAUCAAGAAAUAAAUCGUUCAGAUACUAAGUCAACUGGACCUAAAGCUCCGAUUACAGAUAUUGCAGUUAUCAUCAAAUCGGCUGGCGAAACAGUGCCUGAAGGUUACACCUGUGUUGAAGCCACUCCAACAGGUCUCCAAGCAAACUUGAACUAUGGAAGUCUGAAAAGCCCAGAACUUUUCCUCUGUUAUAAGAGAGGGAGAGAUAAACCACCCCUUAUAGAUAUUGGAGUUUUGUAUGAAGGGAAGGAACGGCUUAUUCCAGGUUGUGAAGUGAUCCAAGCCACUCCCUAUGGUCGCUGCGCCAAUGUCAACAACAGUUCAACCACUUCGCAAAGAAUCUUUAUCACUUACCGAAGGGCUCCUCUAAUUCGACCCCAGAAUUCCUUGACUGUAACUGAUAUAUGUGUUAUUGUAACGAGUAAAGGAGAAACUCCUCCUCAUACCUUCUGCAAAGUGGACAAAAACUUAAAUUGUGGAAUGUGGGGAUCCAGUGUGUUUCUCUGUUAUAAGAAGUCUGUGCCUGCUUCAAAUGCAAUAGCAUAUAAAGCUGGUUUAAUUUUUAGGUACCCAGAGGAUGACUACGAGUCAUUUCCCCUCUCAGAGUCUGUACCUCUCUUCUGCCUUCCUAUGGGAGCCACAAUUGAAUGUUGGGACCCUCAAACCAAAUAUCCACUUCCAGUGUUUUCAACUUUUGUUCUGACGGGGUCUUCAGCUGAAAAGGUAUAUGGAGCUGCCAUCCAGUUUUAUGAACCUUACUCCAGGGAACUUUUAACAGAGAAACAGCUGAUUCAGCUGGGCCUGUUGACACCUGUGGAGAGAAAAGUGGUCUCCAAGUCCAUCAAUUCCAACAAAUGCAUUUGUUUGCUCUCACACUGGCCUUUUUUUGAAGCCUUUAGAAAAUUUCUUAUGUUUAUCUACAAGCUUUCUGUGUCUGGACCACAUCCUCUUCCCAUUGAAAAGCACAUCUCACAUUUUAUGCAAAACAUCCCUUUUCCUUCACCACAAAGACCAAGAAUCCUUGUACAGCUGUCAGUCCAUGAUGCAUUAAUAUUAUCACAGCCAGUUUCUACACCUUUACCACUAAGUGGUGCCAACUUUAGCACCUUGCUAAUGAAUUUGGGUCCUGAGAAUUGUGCAACACUACUGCUGUUUGUUUUACUGGAGAGCAAGAUUCUUCUCCAUUCUCUUAGGCCAGCUGUGCUGACCGGGGUAGCUGAAGCUGUGGUAGCUAUGAUCUUUCCGUUUCAGUGGCAGUGCCCGUACAUUCCCCUUUGCCCUCUGUCACUGGCUGCGGUGCUUAGUGCACCUUUGCCAUUUAUAGUUGGAGUUGACUCGAGGUACUUUGAUCUGCAUGACCCACCACAAGAUGUUGUUUGCAUUGACCUGGAUACGAACGUGUUAUAUAUAUCGGAUGAAAAGAAGAGCAUGAACUGGAAACAGCUUCCCAAGAAACCGUGCAAAAGUCUACUUGGCACGUUAAGGAAAUUGUAUCCACAGCUAUCUACAGUUCACAGAAAAGCUCAAGAAGGUUCUGCAAUUGAGAUGACUCCAAUAGAAGCAGAUUUUUCCUGGCAAAAAAAGAUGACUCAGCUUGAGAUGGAAAUUCAAGAAGCAUUUUUGCGCUUUAUGGCUUCUGUUUUAAAAGGAUAUAGAUCAUAUCUCAGACCAAUCACAGAGGCUCCUUCAAAUAAAGCCACAGCUGUUGAUUCCUUGUUUGACCGGCAGGGAUUUCUAAAAAGUCGGGAUCGUGCCUAUACAAAAUUCUAUACCCUUUUAACUAAAACACAGAUUUUUAUUCGUUUCAUUGAAGAAUGUAGUUUUGUCAGUGAUAAAGAUACUGGAUUUGCAUUUUUUGAUGACUGCAUAGAAAAGCUGUUUCCUGAUAAAGGUACAGAGAAAACAGAUAAGAUUGAUUUUGAUUCAACAGAAGAUACCAAAUUGAUAGAACUAGAUGAUUCACAGAAAAGUGAGCACACUGUGUUUAUAAUGCCACCAGAGCCGCCUCCUGAUGAUGGGAAGGACCUGUCAGCAAAGUACAGUUACAAAUACUUUCCAAGACUGGACCUUAAGCUUUUUGACAGACCACAGGAGUUGAAACUUUGUUCUAAUAGACACCCUACGGGCAGUAGCAUUACAAACAGUCCAGCUCUCAUGGCUAUGAGAACUAAACAGGAAAUAAGAACAGCUAACAAAUUGGCAAAGAGAUGUUACACAAACCCUCCACAGUGGGCCAAGUGUCUGUUCAGUCACUGUUACAGUUUAUGGUUUAUUUGUCUCCCAGCCUACGUUAGAGUUUCCCAUCCAAAGGUCAAAGCACUUCAGCAGGCCUAUGAUGUACUCAUUAAGAUGAGGAAAACAGAUGUGGACCCACUAGAUGAGGUGUGCUAUCGUGUAGUAAUGCAGCUCUGUGGACUUUGGGGACAUCCUGUUUUAGCAGUGAGAGUCUUAUUUGAAAUGAAAACUGCUAAGAUAAAUCCAAAUGCUAUUACUUAUGGUUAUUAUAAUAAGGUAGUUUUGGAGAGCCCAUGGCCUAGCAGUACCCGCAGUGGUAUCUUCUUGUGGACAAAGAUACGAAAUGUGGUACGUGGUUUGGCACAAUUUAGGCAGCCACUUAAAAAGACUGUGCAAAAAUCAGAGAGCUCUUCAAUAUCAGUUCCUCAGAAUGCCACAGGUGGAAGUGAUGGGGACACGGUGAGCCAUGGUAGCGUGGAUAGUUGUAAUGAUGCUAACAAUGGGGAGCACACAGUCUUCGUCAGAGAUUUAAUCAGUCUUGAUUCCGUUGAUAAUCACUCUAGCACAGGUGGUCAGUCUGACCAGGGCUAUGGGUCUAAGGAUGAACUUGUGAAGGAGGAAACAAAAGUUCAUGUGCCUGAAGAAAAAUUAGCAAGAGAAUUAAUAGCUAAAACAAAAGUGGAAACAGAAGAGGUGUGUGACAUCUCUGUUAUUGUGCCAAAGCAUUCGCAACUUAGUCCGGAGUCUCAGAGUCCUGCUGAACCUCCUGCAUGGGGUAAUAGUAUUGUGAAAGUUCCAUCUGGCAUAUUUGAUGUUCAUAGCAGGAAAAGUAGCACUGGUAGUACAUCAAAUGCACUACUUUCUUCUCAAGAUCCAGUGGAAGAUGUAGUUUCUAGUGAAGUUAUUAGUCUCAAGAAAGAUGGUGAUAGAGGAGAAAAACGACAAAAGCAUUUUGCAGAAAGGAGUUGCAGUUUUAGUUCUGAAAGUCGAGCAGGAAUGUUACUUAAGAAGAACAGCUUGGAUUUGAAUUCCAGUGAAAUGGCUCUCAUGCUUGGGGCGGACGCCAGGAUUCUCACAGCAGCAUUGACAGGGCCUCCCAAGACUUCUCCACUACUCAGUGCAAGAACCUUCAGCCUUGAGAAUGCCGGCUCUCAUGUGGCUGAUGCAAGGACUCGUGUGUCUUCUAGCCUUCAAGAUUCAGAUAACAGGCCAUCUUCUGUGCUGGAAAUGCUUGACGAGAGCCAGGAGCCCGCAGAGCCCGUGUUUGUGCUCGGUGAUGAUGUGGCUGAAACUGGUAUGACAAAGGACGCGCACAGCAGUCAGUCAGGUGAUAGUCAGGGUCAUCAGUCCGUAGAUGGGAAAACAGACGCUAAAGAUCUAAUGAGUAAGAGAAACAGUUUAUAUGGGGUCGUUAAAGCUGUAGAGAGAGAAGAUGUGGAAACUGGACUAGAUCCUUUAUCUCUUUUAGCCACUGAGUGCACAGGUGAAAAAACGCCCGAUUCUGAAGAAAAGGUGUUUUCUCCAGUUAUUGCACGUAAUCUGGCUGAUGAAAUUGAGAGCUAUAUGAACCUCAAAAGUCCCCUGGGUAAUAAAUCUUCCAGCAUGGAAUUACAUGGAGAGGGAAACAAGGAGUCCUGCACUUCCCCUGCAUUUAUUCACGCAUUAGAGAGGAGAUCAAGCUUGCCUUCAGAUCCUGGUCCAUCAGCACAAGAAAAUCCUGAAAGCGGAAAGAGCUCUCCUGCAGUGUCUAGAUCAAAAACUUUUACUGGGCGUAUGAAGCAGCAAACUCCUUAUAGAACUCAUAAAGAUCGUUCAACUUCUUUAUCAGCACUGGUGCGUUCUUCACCACAUGGCUCAUUGGGUUCUGUAGUGAAUUCUUUGUCAGGACUAAAGCUGGAUAACAUACUGUCAGGACCCAAGUUAGAUGUCCUAAAAUCUGGUAUGAAACAAGCAGCGACCGUAGCCAGUAAGAUGUGGGUUGCUGUAUCAUCCGUCUACAACUACUCAGAUGAUGAGGAGGAAACUAGUAGAGAUUACAGCUUCCCAGCUGGCCUGGAAGACCAUAUUUUGGGAGAAAGUGUAUCACCUAACUCCAGUGUCUCAGGGUUGGUCCCCAGUGAACUUACACAGAGUAACACAAGCCUCGGCAGCAGCAACAGCAGUGGUGAUACAGGAAAACCACACUAUUUAACAGGUGAACUUCCAUUUCCAAGAAGCAUAAAAGGGCAGGACUUCGAAAAAUCAGACCAUGGUUCUUCUCAAAAUACCAGCCUGUCUAGUAUCUAUCAGAAUUGUGCAAUGGAGGUUUUGAUGUCUAGCUGUUCACAGUGUAGAGCUUGUGGAGCUUUAGUCUAUGAUGAAGAGAUUAUGGCUGGAUGGACGGCAGAUGAUUCAAAUUUGAAUACUACGUGCCCAUUCUGUAAAAGCAGCUUCUUGCCUUUUCUCAAAAUAGAAUUUAAAGACUUGAGAGGCUCUGCAAGCUUUUUCCUGAAACCGAGUACCUCUGGCGAAAGUUUACAAAGUGGCAGCAUUCCACUGGCAAAUGAGCCCUCAGAGGACAAGCCUGUGCCUAGUUCAGCAGAGCCUGACUUGAUCAACUUAAUGGGUUUCCAGAAACAGAACGAGACCAUAACCGAAGAAACAAGCUCUGCGGUUGAACCCAGUGAUGAAAUGAGAAACGCCAGUGGAGAUGCCCAAAGUAUAAACAUUUCACCUGUGCCUAAUAGUUUCUCAAAGAAAAAUGUGUCUUUAACCAGAAGUCACAGUGUUGGAGGUCCUCUACAAAAUAUUGACCUUUCCCAAAGACCAUUUCAUGGCAUUUCAACAGUUAGCCUUCCAAAUAGUCUGCAGGAAGUUGUGGAUCCAUUGGGAAAAAGACCCAAUCCUCCCCCUGUUUCCGUACCCUACUUGAGUCCUCUCGUACUCCGUAAAGAACUUGAAUCUUUGCUAGAAAAUGAAGGAGAUCAAGUGAUUCAUACAUCCUCUUUCAUCAAUCAACAUCCAAUCAUUUUCUGGAAUCUCGUGUGGUAUUUCCGACGUUUGGACCUUCCUAGUAAUUUGCCAGGACUCAUCCUGACUUCUGAACAUUGUAACGAAGGUGUACAGCUUCCUCUAUCAUCUCUGUCCCAGGACAGCAAACUUGUAUAUAUUCAACUCUUAUGGGAUAAUAUCAACCUUCAUCAGGAACCAGGAGAACCACUUUAUGUCUCAUGGAGGAAUUUUAAUUCUGAAAAGAAACUGUCCGUCCUGUCAGAGGAACAACAAGCAACAAGCACUUUAGUUGAAGCUAUUAGGCAGAGUAUUCAGCAUAAUGAUGUUUUAAAACCCAUCAGCCUGCUCUCUCAGCAGAUGAAGCCAAAUGUGAAAAGACAAAGGAGCUUAUAUCGAGAAAUCCUCUUCUUAUCAUUAGUGUCACUUGGGAGGGAGAAUAUUGAUAUUGAGGCCUUUGACAAUGAAUAUGGACUUGCAUACAAUAGUCUGUCUUCAGAGAUCCUUGAAAAAUUGCAGAAAAUUGAUGCUCCACCAAGUGUUAGCGUGGAAUGGUGCAGGAAGUGUUUUGGAGCACCUCUCAUUUAAAUAGUUCUUAGAAUUUUGACACACAGUACUGGUGCAGUAAAUGCAAUGUGGAAAGUCAAGAUUUUUUCCAGAUCCCAAGAAUUGGUGAAAAAUGAAAUUAACUCUGACAAUUUAUAUAAUAAAUUGUAAUUCACACUGAAUCAUCUCAAAAUACAUAAAUUAAAAUGUUCCAGGAUUCUUUCAUGUUGAAGAUUUCCAACCCCUGAACCAGUUCUCUGCCUCUGCUGAAAGCCACAUUUGGAUUUACUCAGUAUCUGUAAGUUUGAAAGAAAUAACAUAUUCACCCUAGGCAUUUUGUGUAUCUAUUAAGCUGUUGAGUUUGGGAAAUGGCAGGUUAAGCUGCCAAACCCCAAAGCAAAUGAAAUAACUACAAGAGCAUUGAAUUGUGUAUGUGUGUAAAUGUGUGGGGCUGUAUAGGUAUGGGUAUGAGGAUGUAUAGCCAUAUUUUAAGUGUAUAUUUAUUAAAAUUCUUAGAUUGCAUGUUGCAAUACAUUACCUAAAAAGGGAUCUGACUGCCCAUUAAAUGACUACUACUAAAUUUGUCAGUAAUCUCACAAUUACCUGAUAAUCCAAU